UCAGAAGCUUUGAAUGAGUAUUUUACAAACUGAAGAAGUGGAUUGCUCUAGUUAGCGGCUGGGCUGGGCUGGAAGGAGUUGAGAGGGUGGUCUUAUUGCGGGAAGUGACCCUGCUCUUGGACCGUGUGUUGUGGGGUGGGGGAGAGAAGAAAGCCGUGACCGUGGUCCUUCCCCACCCCAGGAGUGGUCACGAUGACUACCAGUGGGGAUUUGAUGGACACCCACCUGCAAACUGCCUUUUCCACCCCCAGCAGGAUUCCCGUGUUGGCCCGGAAAUGCCUGCUUCUUUCUGGGGGGGGGUCCCAAGCCUCUGGCCAGGAGAAUCGGAAUCCAAAGGGGAUGAUGCAGAAGAAGAUGUUUGGUGCCCAGCUUCUCCAGAAAGACCUAGUCAGCCCUAGGCACAAGCUGAAACAGCAGACUGUGGGCCUGAAGGGAAACCUUCGACCGCGGGCCCCACUGGAGGAAAUUAGCCUUGGUUCUGUGGGGCAAAAUAUGGAGGCUGUUCCUCCACCUAGGCCAGUGGACGCUGGAGAUUUGGCCCCCAUGCUGUCAAGUGUGGAGGUGACUAGCGGUGGUCACAGAUGCCAGACAGGUCUGGCCCAGAGAGUACUGAUCCGGGGAAACCAAAACCCAAAAGGUGCCUCCUGUGGGGUACAGGUCCAGACCCCAGGAUGUCAUACCAGAUCUUCAUUCUUCAGGAGCAAUCAAAAGUCAACAGAAAGAAAUGUCAUCAACCAGACCCAGAUGGGCAGUGAUUCAGGACAGCCUUGGACGAGAACAAGGCUACCAGCUCACCAAACCCCAGGACAGCCAACCGUCCCUGCCUCCUCUGCAAUGCUGAACAGUUCCCAAAGUAGACGGGAAACCCACAGUCUUGCUCAGCAGGUGCCACUGAAAGGAACACAUGAAGCCCCUCUCCCCAUGGAUAGCCCUAGCUUCCCUCGGACCUCUUCUCCUCUUGUUCAGUUCACUCCCGGCCAGGUAGGCCAUGCCUCGCCUUUUGGACUGGCUAAUCGUGUACCUGUCACCCGUCCAUCAGCUCUGGCCUCCUACUCUGUGGUACGUCAUGUGGCUGUCUUCUCCAAGACUCCUCAGGCCACCCCUGCUCCAGCUCCCAGUGUUCAGCAGGAGCAGAUUGUUGUCAAGCAGUUGUAUGAAGAGAGCUGGGCAAAUCUGGAGGAGGAAGCUGAGAAACCCUCCCCCGUAACUCCUCUACACAGAAUGUCCUUGGAACUGAGCAAACACAAGGCAGACCCCAGGCAUACAGGGGUAGCCACCCCCUCCAACAGGAUGUCCCUGGAACCGAGCAGAUAUGAGGUGGAUCCCAAAGAUGUUGGGGUAGCAGCUUCAUCAAACAAGAAGUCCCUGGAGCUGAGCAGGCACGAGCGCAUCAAUAUCUUGAAGCAGCUACUACAACAGGAGGUAGAAGGACUGGCUGAAGUAGAGGAUGGCCACCAGAGUGGCCUGUCUCACCUUAAAAUGACUGAGCCCAAGCUGGCUAUGAUUCCUUAUACAAUGGAACCCUCAGACCAUAGUUCUUCACUUCCCAGCCUCCAAGGACCUAUGGAGCACCCUGAUGUUGGGGAACCCAUCUCCACUGGGGGUCCAGGCAUUCAAGAACUCAUACAGCCACCUAGCGUUGGCAUGCACACCACAGCUUCCACCAACCUGACCUUUUUUCAAUGCCCGCUCUGUGGCAGCAUUCCUCUCCAUUCCCUUGACUCCCUAAGGAGUCCCAUGGGCACUAUAGGUCCUGCUGUCUUAGCCCUGUGCCGGCAACUAAAUGCGUGGCUGGAAGCCAUUAGACUCCUCUAUGAAGGCUGCCUGGAUGACGAGUGUGCCUUCUAUACAGGGCGAGGCAUUCCUGGCCCCCAGAGGAUCUGUAAGAAUCCUGUGGCCACAUGGCUGGAGAGGCAGGAGGCCAUGGAUUUUGUUCCAAUCACUUCUCCAGCUACCUAGGAUUAUUCCAAACCUCCCCACACUUCAUUCCUCCUUAUUUAUUAUACAUGGACCUUAUUUUUUUUUAACCUUUCAAUAAAAUGUUAUGAUCAUA